AUGGUGCCAUUACGGUGGGGAUGGUGGCUGUCCUCUUGUUCCCUUGCCAAAGUUUUGGUAGCCUCGGCUGUCUUUGCUGAGAAUGCCUCCCAGGUGGGAGGCUACGAAAAUGACACCGUCGACACCUGCGAGGGAUCCAGCGGGUGUCAACCAGGGGUUCUCCUCCCUGUUUGGCAGCCGGACAACCCGUCCUUGGGUGACAAGGCUGCCCGGGCGAUAGUCUACUUUGUAGCUAUGAUGUACAUGUUUCUAGGAGUCUCCAUCAUCGCCGACCGCUUCAUGGCCUCCAUUGAGGUGAUCACAUCCAAGGAGAAGGAGAUCACCAUCACCAAGUCCAAUGGCGAGACCAGCAUCGGCACUGUGAGGAUUUGGAAUGAGACGGUCUCCAACCUUACCCUCAUGGCAUUAGGAUCCUCUGCGCCCGAAAUACUCCUCUCGGUCAUUGAGGUCUGUGGCCACAACUUUGAAGCAGGUGAACUGGGCCCGGGUACCAUUGUGGGCAGCGCAGCCUUCAAUAUGUUUGUGGUCCUCGCUAUAUGCAUCUACGUCAUCCCGGCGGGGGAGAGCCGCAAGAUCAAACACCUGAGAGUCUUCUUUGUCACAGCAUCCUGGAGCAUCUUUGCUUACAUUUGGUUGUACCUCAUUCUUGCCGUCUUUUCGCCGGGGGUGGUAAAGGUCUGGGAGGCCUUGCUGACCCUCGUCUUUUUCCCUGUCUGCGUGGUUUUUGCCUGGAUGGCGGACAAACGCCUGCUCUUCUACAAAUAUGUCUACAAGAGGUACCGGGCAGACCCACGCAGUGGGAUCAUUAUCGGAACUGAGGGCGAGUUCCCAAAGGGGAUAGAGAUGGACGGCAGCUUUGUGGCCAAUGACCACCGGGAGAAUGUCUUUGUGGACGGAAGCACAGCCUCUGUAGCACCCCUACCCAUCACUACGCAGGAGGAGAAAGAGUUGGACGAGAGCCGCAAAGAGGUCAUCCAGAUCCUGAAAGACCUGAAGCAGAAGCACCCAGACAAAGAAUUGGAGCAGCUCGUUGAGAUGGCCAACUACUAUGCCCUCCUGCACCAGCAAAAGAGCCGAGCCUUCUAUCGUAUCCAGGCUACCCGCCUGAUGACCGGGGCGGGGAACAUCCUCAAGAAGCACAUCUCAGAGUACUCCAAGAAGUCUGCUAACCUGCUGGAGGUGCCCUCAGAGGCAGAGGUGGAGGAGAACUACAGCAAGAUCUUCUUCGAGCCAUUUAUGUACCACUGCUUAGAGAAUUGCGGUUCAGUCACUUUGACUGUGGCCUGCCAACAGGGCGGUGACACGUACAACACCUUCUACGUUGAUUACAAGACGGAGGACGGCUCGGCCAAGGCAGGUUCGGACUACGAGUACAGCGAGGGGACAUUGAUCUUCAAGCCAGGGGAGACCCAGAAGGAACUGAAGAUCGGCAUAAUCGAUGAUGACAUUUUUGAGGAAGAUGAGCACUUUUUCGUGCGGCUGCUCAACCUGCGGGUGGGGGAUGCGGAGGGCAUGUUUGAGUCAGACUCAGCUGACCACCCCAAGGGGCGGCUUGUGGCACCCUUGGUGGCCACAGUGACCAUUUUGGAUGAUGACCAUGCUGGCAUCUUCACCUUCCAGGACAAAUUGCUGAGAGUCAGCGAGUGCCAAGGGACCCUGGAGGUCAAGGUAAUCCGGAGCUCAGGAGCCCGUGGGACAGUCAUGGUCCCCUACCAGACUGUGGAAGGGACAGCAAGAGGAGGGGGCGUGGAUUACGAAGACUCCAGUGGGGAGCUGGAGUUCAAAGAUGAUGAAACAGUGAAAUCCCUCUAUGUGAAAAUUGUGGAUGUUGAAGAGUAUGAGAAGAAAGACAGUUUCUUUAUAGAGCUGGGGCAGCCACGGUGGCUGAAACGUGGCAUCUCAGUGGAUUCCGACAAAAAGCUCUCGGCCGAGGAAGAGGAGGCCCGGCGGAUUGCCGAGAUGGGCAAGCCCAUCCUUGGGGAGAACUCCCGCCUCGAAGUCAUCAUUGAGGAGUCCUAUGAUUUCAAGAACACAGUGGACCAGCUCAUCAAGAAAACCAACCUGGCGCUGGUGAUUGGCACACACUCCUGGCGAGAGCAGUUCCUAGAGGCAAUCACCGUGAGUGCGGGCGACGAAGAAGAUGAGGAGGAUGGCCGUGAGGAGCGGCUCCCUUCCUGCUUCGACUACGUCAUGCACUUCCUGACUGUCUUCUGGAAGGUUCUCUUUGCUUGCGUGCCCCCCACCGAGUACUGGAACGGCUGGGCCUGCUUCAGCGUCAGCAUCCUGGUGAUUGGCAUACUGACCGCCCUCAUCGGGGACCUGGCGUCUCACUUUGGCUGCACCGUCGGCCUCAAGGACUCUGUCAAUGCAGUCGUCUUUGUGGCCCUGGGCACCUCCAUACCAGACACCUUCGCCAGCAAAGUGGCCGCCCUGCAGGACCAGUGUGCCGACGCCUCCAUCGGCAACGUGACGGGCAGCAACGCGGUCAACGUCUUCCUGGGCCUGGGCGUGGCCUGGUCGGUGGCCGCCAUCUACUGGGCCUGCCAAGGGAAAGACUUUGAGGUGCAGACGGGCAACCUGGCCUUCUCCGUCACCCUCUUCACCAUCUUCGCCUUCAUCAGCAUCAGCGUCCUCAUGUACCGGCGCCGUCCACACAUAGGGGGCGAGCUGGGGGGGCCCCGAACCCCCAAAAUCCUGACAGCCAGCCUCUUCAUGGGCCUCUGGUUCCUCUACAUCCUCUUUGCCAGCCUGGAGGCAUAUUGCCAUAUCAAAGGCUUCUGA